AAUUCUUGGGUCGCAUUCGAAUUGAUCGAAAUGGUACAGUACUCGGAGUGACACGGCCGCAUCGGGAUCGGGCCGACCUCCGCAGAACCGUACCCACAACCGCCACGACCACGACGACACUCAGUGUCAUAUCUGCCCUCUACCUCUGUCAAUGGCGACAGAGGCGCUGCGAUCGCAAGUCGGCAAGAAAUGGCAGGACGCGUUUGCUCGUCUCAACCACGGAGAGCCUGGAAUAUCGGGCCUUAUGACCUUCAGCCAGGCAUGGACUCUUCUGACAGAUUUUGUGCGUCCAAAGGACCUCAACGAUCCAGCUCCUCCCAAGGAAUACAACAUGGAGCUUGUCAAGCACGCGUUCGAUCUUGUUAGCCAAUGCCGCAGGCUGCCUGUGUUGUUGGAGGCAUUUAUGGACGAUGUGCGACAAUACUUUUACUUGAUAAAGCGGGACGUUGACCGGUACAUGGAGCAGUAUGGGGCUUCCCUUGAUCCUGAAAUCAUCUCCAGCCUCGUCUAUCGUCUGUUCAAAUGGUUCAAUGCCUGGCUACCAAUUGCAGACCUUGGUCAAACCAUUCGCGCGGCAUACACACUUAACUUUCAAACUCAGCUAUUUGCUAUCCUCCCGCCUAGCUUCGUUUCCGGCUUCAAAGCAUAUUGCGCCUCUACUCUACCACCAUUUGAUCCAGAUGUUCCCCAAAGGACGCUCAGUGGCGAAAUAUGGGACAUAUUCGAAAUACUUGGUCUCCUUGAUCGAUAUGAGAGUGUUAUUGCUAGUGUGGGGUACGAGCAUAUAGAGACAUAUGUACUCGCUACCUGCACCAGUAAGUGGGAAACAGCAAUGUUGCCCGAACUUCGGAAUUGGAUGUCCCAAAAAAUCGUGCCUUGGAUGUUAAUGAUGUAUGCUAGAGGCGCAGCUACAAAUGAAGAUGCAGUGGUAAUGCUGUCCAGUGUUGGAUCGAGGUUUGACUUCCAUAUGACAAAAACGCUUUGCGAUUUAAGAACACGAGAAAUUUUUGAUAUCAUCAUAGACUUCCCUGAAUCGUCACCCGCUCUAGUGGAUCUCAAAGAAUGUUUGCAACGAGUGGAUCAGCGAGCGGCACUAGUGAAAUCUUUACGGAAAGCGAACCACAAGAGAUUGCUUCAUCCGGGUGCGGACACAAAACUUAUCCUUUCACAAUACGUAGCCACAAUCAAGUGCAUGCGGAUCAUCGAUCCUCCUGGCGUUCUCUUAUUCAAGGUUGCGGAUCCAAUACGACGGUACCUCAGGGAACGGCCGGACACAAUUCGAAGUAUCGUUGCGAAUCUCGUGGGAGAUGAGGAUACUGGUGACUCACUUGUUGACGACAACGAGCCUCCUCAGCCACUGCAACAAAUCGAAAUUGAAGACUACAGCGAUCCAAAUUGGGAACCAGAGCCUAUUGAUGCAGGACCAAAUUUCCGAGCAAACAAGCACACUGAUGUUCUUGGCACUUUGGUCAGCAUCUAUGAUUCGAACGACCUUUUCAUCAAGGAACUCCAGAUCUUACUUGCCCAACGUCUCCUCGCGAUCACAGAUGGAAAUACCGAAAAGGUUGAAAGAGAGCGACGAAACAUCGAAAUCCUCAAGAUUCGCUUUGGCGAGGCGGCGCUACAAGUCUGUGAAGUCAUGCUGAAAGACAUGACGGAUUCAAAGCGAAUAGAUGGGCAUGUGCAAUCGCAGAUGACAUCCAUCGUCCAUCCGACCAUCAUUUCAAAGCACUUCUGGCCCAUGUUGGGUUCCGACGAGAUUAUCAUGCCCGGACAGUUCCAAACCUUUCAAGAACAGUAUGCAAAGGAGUUUUCUACCUUCAAACCAGACAAAAGACUGCGUUGGCUACCUCAUCUCGGCGCUGUACACCUUGAGCUUCUUUUGGAGGACCGGACUUUGGAAGUUGACGUUCCUCCGCUCGAAGCUGCCUUUAUUGAACUUUUCUCAGAAAAGAAUGUUUGGUCUAUAGACGAACUGGUCACUCGUGUUGGACCUAUCAGCAAAAGUGCAGCCCUGAAGGCGCUCCUCACGUGGGUUGAUAAGGGUGUUCUGAAGGAGGAAAGGGAUGGCUCGUUCAAGUUACUUGAAGUCGCCGAGACCGUCGAACCUGUGGAUCCCUCCCGUUUAGCAGUUGUAGAGGAGUAUACCCCUACCAUGUUGCCCGCACAACAACAUCAGGCCGAACAGAUGAGAGUUUACUGGAAGUUCAUUGAAGGUAUGCUCACGAAUCUCACCGCUCUUCCUCUCGAGCGUAUACAAGCGAUGCUUCACUUUGCGCCUGGGUACGAUCAGACCAUCGAGCAACUGUCGGCAUUCAUGGAUGCUGCUCGGCGAGAAAAGUUAGUAGAUGUACGGGAAGGAUUAUGGAGGCUGACGAGCAAACCAUAACGGAGCCACUUACCUACCCAUGAAGUUCUUUCAUAUUUUACGGUAAUUUGAACUGUAACUCGUCCUUUGUUGUGACUGUUAUUGGUACUUUCAUAUAUGGCAAGGAUACGAUCGCGUGAUAAGUAAAUCUCAUCGACAAAGACUCGAGACUGAGCAAGAGCGC